GGGAUCUCUAUCGCUUCGAAAGAAGCAUCUUUCCAUAUUGGAGAAAUGCUGACCAGUCAGUGCUUCAUGUGGCUAACGAAACUCACACCUUUGAAAGAUCAAUUUCAAUUGCAGAUGGUAGACGACGACAAGAAAUUUGCUGUCUCUCUGGAUGUGUCCCAAUUCCGUCCAGAGGAAUUGAAAGUGCAGUUGGAAGGGCGUCAGUUGACCAUCGAAGGCAAGCAGGAGCACAAAACGGAGAACAGUGCCAUACAAAGAUCGUUCAUUCGCAAAUAUGUGCUUCCCGAGAAUGUCGAUCUGGAGGCUAUUCGUACCCAGCUUGACGACAAGGGCCAUUUGUCAGUGGAGGGAGUUCGAACUUCUGGAACGGAGCGGAACGAAGCUUCAUUGUCUUCCCUUGUAUAUUGGCCUCUUCAGUCCAGUUAUGCAGAUUUAGGCGCAUUCGGCAAUUCGUUAAAGAAAACUUGUCUUUUCUUCUGUAAUAGUAAUCUAUGA